AUGGCUGAUGGAAUUCUGUUUGACAUGGCUGGGAAACUCUUGCAAUUGUUGGGACCCCAUGUUUUCCAAGAAAUUGGACUGGCCUGGGGAGUUCAAGAUGAUAUCACUAAGAUCAAGGAAACUUUUUGUAGUAUGAAGGCGGUUCUUCUCGAUGCUGAAAAGCAGCAUAGCAAGACGAAUGAACUGGUGAUAGAAUGGCUUCGAAGGCUCAAAGUUGUAUUUUAUGAAGCGGAUGAUGCAUUGGAUGAUCUCUCCACCAAACUUAUAAAGCGAGAAAUGAUGGAGGGUAAUAAAUUGGCAAAAGAGGUAUGCAUCUUCUUCUCCAAGUCUAACCAAAUUGCAUAUAGUCUUAAGAUGGCUCAUAAAAUUAAGACUGUUAGGGAGAAGCUAGAUGACAUUGCAAAAGAUAUGACCCAAUUCCAUUUUAUUGAGCAUCACUUUGAGAAACCAAUCUUGAAUACAAAAAGAGAAACACACUCUUUUGAACUUGUUGAAAAUGUUAUUGGGAGGGAAGAUGAUAAAAAUAAAACCAUACAACUUUUGUUAGACUCAAAUUAUGAUGAGUAUGUCUCUGUUAUUUCCAUAGUUGGUAUUGGUGGAUUAGGAAAAACCACACUUGCUCGGCUCGUCUACAAUGAUGAAAAAGUCAAACGUCAAUUCGAUUUAAAAAUAUGGACAUGUGUGUUUGAUGAGUUUAGUGUGAAAGAAAUUGUUAAUAACAUCUUAAAAUCUAUAAAUGCUGGAAAAGUAGGAUUUGAGAAUCUUAACUUUGAAGAGUUGUUGCAAAUCCUUCGUGAAAAAAUUAAUGGAAAAAAAUAUCUACUAGUUUUGGACGACAUAUGGAAUGAGAAUCGUGAGAAGUGGCUUCAAUUGAAAACACUACUAAUGAAUGACGUGAAAGGAAGUAAGGUACUAGUUACUACUCUGUCACAUUUCAAUUUUUCAUAUACACAUUUCUAUAUACAAGAGUAUGGCAAGCUAAAAGUGCUACUGCACUGA